CCUACCAUUUAGUGAUAAACGUAUUAAGUUAUCAGACGGGAAAGAUGUCAAAACAAAUCUAUCCAGUGUAAACACCAUGGACAAGUUCUUUACAGUUACCAAAAUAAUUCUAUUAUUAUCGGUCGUGAAGUUUUCAGUACCUUGUGAAGAGACUUUUUCAAACACGCAUGUUACGCUAGUGGGUGCCAAAAAUGUAAAAACAAUUACGGGAUGUUUUUCUCCCACAGAAGACUUAGUCAAAGUAACUUACAUACAAAUUAUAAAUGGGAGUGUCCCAAUAUUGAAGAAAGACGCAAUAAACAGCCUUCCUAACUUAGUGGACGUGAUAUUGGAUAACAAUAACAUAACUGAUCUGCAAAGUGGAUGUUUCUAUAAUUUAACCAAGCUGUAUUUGAUUAAAUUAAGGUACAAUAACUUUAAAACUAUUAGAGAGGGCGUUUUCAACAAUUUGCCUAUAACAGAGCUAUGUCUAACGAACAACAAUAUAGAAAGUAUCCACCCAAAAGCAUUCAACAAUAUUGAGAAUUUGAAAUUGCUAUCCAUAGAUGAAAACAAAAUAGGCUACUGGUCGGGAGAAUGGUUCAAAGGUAGUCCAAAAUUAGCGGUAUUGGAUUUUAAGGUAAAUCACAUCACCAGCAUACCUUUCCGAGCAUUUAGAAAUGUCAAAGGUGUACAUUAUAGUCGGGACCUGAAUCUCAACAUUUCAACAAAUAUAUUUUUGCACAACAACAGAAUAAAAUAUAUCAGUGAUGGUGCAUUUGAUGGUAUUCAGGCAUUUGGUUGGUUGUUUUUGCAUCGGAACGAAUUGGAAGAAAUUAGUGAAGCUAGCCUAGGCACAUUGCAAACCAUUGAUUGGAUACGACUUGAGCACAAUUACUUAAAAUGCAUACCUGACAAACUAGUUCAAAUAUCGCCAAAAGUGCUUUACUACCUUACGAAUAAUCCGCUUACUGAUGAUUGCAAGAAUAAAUUUGAUGCGUUGAAAAGUGAUGGAAACAGUUCAAAUAUUUUUGAAUAAUUAUUGUAUAUA